AAAAAGAAAAAAGUAAACCAAAAAAACAGAACUUUAAACCCUUGUCGACGACGCUGGUCCGAGUCCAAACUCUCAACUCCGCUACUUUGACAGUCUCUCUUGCCUCUUUUUCGCAAACUUGCGACAUGUCGUCGUUGUGUGCAUCUAAUUUCUAUCCUUCAUCUUCUUCUUCUAUCAAUCUCUUCUCCAACAACCCCACUAAACCCUUUCUUCUCUCCCUCAGAUUCGCCACCUCCAAUUCUCUUCCCUUUGUUGCUCCUCUCAAAUUCUCUACCACCAAUCACGGCCUUAGCUCUCGUUUCUCUUCGAACCGAUUCCAAAGACGCCAUUUUUUGCUCCGAUGCGUUUCAGAAGAAUCUGAGCAGUCUCUUUCGGUCGGUAACGGCGGCUCUGAAGAGAGAGUGAAUGUUCUUGUUAUUGGUGGAGGAGGGAGAGAACACGCCCUUUGCUACGCCUUGAAACGAUCUCCAUCUUGUGAUUCUGUGUUAUGCGCACCUGGAAACGCCGGUAUAUCAAGUUCCGGAGAUGCCACUUGUGUACCUGACCUUGACAUAUCAGACAGUUUAGCUGUCAUCUCUUUCUGUCAAAAAUGGAAUGUCGGUUUAGUGGUUAUUGGCCCUGAAGUGCCUCUUGUUGCGGGUCUCGCUAAUGACCUCGUUAAGGCCGGUAUCCUCACCUUUGGCCCUACUUCUCAAGCUGCUGCUUUGGAAGGUUCCAAGAACUUUAUGAAGAAUCUUUGCCUCAAGUACAAUAUCCCUACUGCUAAGUAUAAAACAUUUUCUGAUGCAUCUGCUGCGAAAGAAUACAUUCAAGAACAAGGGGCUCCGAUUGUGAUUAAAGCGGAUGGAUUAGCAGCUGGAAAAGGAGUCACUGUUGCCAUGGAACUAGAGGAGGCUUUUGAAGCUGUUGAUUCGAUGCUGGUCAAAGGCGUGUUUGGUUCUGCAGGAUGUCAGGUAGUCGUGGAGGAGUUUCUCGAGGGAGAAGAAGCCUCCUUUUUCGCACUUGUGGAUGGAGAAAACGCCAUUCCUCUAGAAUCUGCUCAGGACCACAAGCGGGUUGGAGAUGGAGAUACCGGUCCUAACACAGGCGGAAUGGGAGCUUAUUCUCCUGCACCGGUCUUGACCAGGGAGCUUCAGGAUUUUGUGAUGGAGUCUAUAAUUCAUCCCACUGUUAAAGGAAUGGCAGAAGAAGGAUGCAAGUUUGUCGGCGUUCUGUUUGCGGGUCUCAUGAUCGAGAAGAAAUCCGGUUUGCCUAAGCUGAUUGAGUUCAAUGUACGGUUUGGAGAUCCGGAAUGUCAGGUACUGAUGAUGCGUCUAGAGUCUGACCUAGCAAAAGUCUUGCUAGCGGCUUGUAAAGGUGAGCUAAGCGGCGUGUCACUUGAUUGGUCAAAAGAUUCAGCAAUGGUGGUUGUAAUGGCAAGCAAUGGUUAUCCCGGUGCUUAUGAGAAAGGAUCAAUCAUCAGAAACCUUGAAGAAGCUGAAACGGUAGCUCCUGGAGUGAAGGUUUUCCAUGCAGGAACGGAUCUUGAUUCAGAGGGGAAUGUUAUAGCGACUGGGGGACGUGUUCUUGGGGUGACGGCGAAAGGUAAUGACUUGGAAGAGGCGCGUGAAAGAGCGUAUUCGGCGGUUCAACAGAUCAACUGGCCUGGAGGUUUCUUUAGGCAUGAUAUUGGUUGGAGAGCGCUUCGCCAGAAACAAGUGGCGACGAAAGAAGAGUGAUGAGAAGCAAUUUUGUUGUAACGGCUUGUAAACCAAGAAACCGAAACUUAAAAGUCACUCCAAUCUAUUAAGUGAUGAUUCAAAAUAACAUUUUUGUUUACAUAA